AUGGCGACAGAGACGGUCUCUGGGGAGCUUCCCCGAUCUACCUCACGAUACCGCACACUCCGCGGCAAAAGCAUAUCCACGCCUCGCGUUCUCGACAUUUUCCGCGACAGCGAUCAACCGGAUGAAUCGCCCACGCGCAGGAUGCGAUCGAGCAGCGUACAUACACUGAGGGCUGGACGAGCCGGCAAGAGCGCUCCGGACGUGCCGCCGCUGCCGUCCUACGCACUUACACCUAAACCAGUCAACAUACCUCCGCCACCAACGUUCAAGAAUCGCGAUGAUGGCAAAAUACCUACCAAUGCCAUCCAGAUUCAAAGUGCAGCGGGCAGCGUGCGUGGGAAAAACGUCACUGAGCCCCUUGAGCAAUCUCCGACCGCUUCACUGCAGACAAAAAGCAAGUCGAAGCGCCUCGUUUUCGGCAAGAAAGAGCUCGAAAACGAGCCGCUUCUAGAUACUGGGCGUCUAGAGACUGAAGUGCAGCGUAGCAUUGCCGAGCAAAAGAAACAGGAUCUUGCGCGGCUCCAAGCGACCCUUGUUACGCCGCCACCUAAGCCAAAGACGUCUUUGCUCAGCUUGUUCUCAAGGAGCAAGAAGCUGACGACACCGACGCUCGUGCACCCAGAUACUCCCAGCUCCUUCGCCAGCACAGUCUUCACCAGUCGCGGAAACAGCUUGGAGACGGCAUCUAAUCCCGAUAGCGUCAAGUUCUCGGAUCCCGCUGAAAAAGCCAUUCCGCUCUCUGUUCCUCACUCGCUAGCUACUCCCACCACCCACGCGCCGCUAGAGUUCGAGCGUCGGGUCGCCGUUCGAUGCCAAUCCUCCACAAUCAACCUCCCCGUUUCUCUUGAAACCAACGCAGUGGACAUUCUGUUCAUGGCUUCGACCAUGAUGCGCCACCACAUAAACCCGGCCAGCAGUGUCGUGGUCGAGUCCUACCUCGUGCUGGGGCUUGAGCGCCGUCUGCGACGCUAUGAGCGUAUCCGCGAUGUCAUGAACACCUGGGACCAGGACCACGAGAAUUCCUUGCUGAUCCUGAGCUGCCCUGCCUCCAUGAGUGACCACGAUCUCGACAUUGACGCCGUUCCCGACUCUACCGAAACACCGCCGGGCUUCACCCUGCAGCUCCACCAAUCUUCGCGCCCCGGGAAAUGGAACAAGCGCUGGAUCACUCUGCUCGAGAAUGGCCAAAUGUACUCGGCCAAAACAGCAGAUGCGCUGCCGGGCGAUGCCGCCUGCGUGCAGCUGUGCCACCUGGCAGAUUUUGAUAUCUACUCGCCCAAGGAGGCUGAAAUUCGACAGAGCGUCAAGCCGCCCAAGCAGUUUUGCUACGCAAUCAAGAGCCAGCAAAAGAGCGUGAUAUUUUCCGACGAAGUCAACUUUGUGCAUUACUUCUCCACAGACAAUGAAGAGGUCGCUACGAAAUUCUACGAGCUGGUGCACGGCUGGCGAAGCUGGCACCUUGUCGCCAAGAAACUUGCUCUCGACCGCAAGAUGAAUGCUCCCGCGCCCCAACUCACAUUUGACUCGGCCAAUGGCUCGGAUACGUCUGCCGAUGAGAGCAAAUCUGACACGGAGCCAUCGAGCGCGACUUCAUCUUUCCGAAUUGGCACCUUUCAGCCGCUUCUAGACGUGGAUAAUAUUUCCAAGCUGGCUGAAGAAGCGCGAAAGCUGCUGCCGGUUGAGCCACCGGCACCUGUUACUACGGAGGAAAAGCAUGAGGCACACCCACCUGCCCCCGACUUUCCACCGCCAUCCACGCCGGCUCCCAAAGCCAAGGAGCAGCCUGUCAAGCCGAGCCUGAAGCGAGCUGACACCGAAAAGGACUCUGGCUCCCCGCCAAACCAAAUGUACCACCCCUCACCCGGCCCCCUCAGCGCGACGGAUUGUGUGAAGAGUAGCCCUGAAGCCGACUCAACCUCGCUCGGACUUGAUGCUUUCAGCUUUGACAUCCCCGAGGACAAGCCUGAGCCAAAAUCAUGGUUUCCCUCUGCUGCAGAGCACACUGCCAAGCUGCGCAAAGACGAGCCACCCCCUUCGUUCCGCCGACCAGCCACGGCAGACCCAGCCCUAUACAGCGGCAGCCCGCGACGAGCGAACCCGCAGCUUUCCAUCAAGACGCACUUUUUAGAGCCACCAAGGCCGUUUGACAGCUUUGGUAUUCCGCCGCCAAAGCUGGGCUCAAACACGCCACUGAUCUACAAGCUGCCGGGGACACCCAUGCUGCCGUCUGCGCCGCGAGCCCAUCCUAUGAUUAGCUCGAAGAGCGGCAAUGUCGGUGCUGCACCGCCACCACAUGGCACGAGGCCGCGAAGUCGUUCGACAGCGUCUAGCCUGCAAGGCAGACGGCCCAUGCCGGCAAAUAUGCCACCGGUGCCUCCUCUCCCUAACCGGUCUAUGAGGCGAGAUACGCCACCUACGACGCCGAUUUUGUCUGUCCAGCCUCGGUACCCGCCUCCUCAGCGCGGACCUGCACUACAGCCUUUCCCUACGCGUUGA